AGGAGGAAGGGAUAAUACUGCACAGAAUAGCGCCUGGCACCUGCCACAUUGUGUUUGCUGAAGAGCGGACGCGGCUGCCUGGGUGGAGAGACGACGAAUCUUUGAAUGUGACGUUUUUUAUGGCAAAGCCGAAGCAGUCUUCGAGAAAACGGCGUGCUGCUGAUGCCGCUCGAAAGCAGUGCGACGGAGACCAGAUCAAAGCCACGCCAGAAUCCCCUGCUAGGAAACGAAUCAGGUUGACGACUUCGUGUGUCGUGCAGGACGAGGAUAUUUUUUUCUUUGAUCCUGACUUGGAAGCCUCUGGCUUGCAUGAACCCGAGUCUCCAGCGGAGAAAUCUUACGUCGGAGUUUUCUGGGACAUUGAGAACUGCUGCAUCCCCACCAAAUGCAGCACCAAAGACGUCGUCCGACGACUGGAAGAUAUUAUUCGUGCGUAUGGAAAGGUCAUCCGAUUCUCGGCUUAUGGCAAACAGGGAGUUAUCGGCUCGCGCUUAAGCGAACUGCAAGCAUGCGGUGUGGAUUUCGUAAAAGUUCCGGCAGGGAAGGAAACGGCCGACAAGGCCAUGGUUCUCGACGUCAUGUGCUUCGCGUUUGACAACAAAGGCCGACUUCAACAAACGCAAAUCCAAGAUCAAGCAAUUUCUCCGAGUCAGAAUUCUUUGACAAGCAGGUCGGCCCCACCAUGCGUGGUGCUUAUCACUGGUGACUCUGGCUUCGCCGCUCUUGUGUCCAGACUCCUUGACCGUUGCAUCAAAACAGCUGUCGUAACCCGGGCAAUCAGACCACUGACUAAUCCUCUUCACCCGCAUCCAGUAUCCAUGCCCUUGCUGACUUCCGGAGCUGACAUCCACGACUGGGACUGUGUAAUCUCCAAGAGAUCGACUGAGUCUGCAUCGCCUUCAGCUCCGUCCACAUCAGACCCCCUUCUCGGAUCGCUGGCAGACACGGCUGCAGCAAUCGAAGGAAAAUGCACUGAGGGGGUGCAGAAGGAAGCAGCAUGUGCCAAUGCAUUCAGCAGAUGUGACACAGCAAGUCCUUCACUACCUGGUAUCUCCUGGGCUGCUGUGAAGGCGCGUGCCAAGCAAGGGUUCACUGACAAGGAGGUAUCUUUGGGAGUGCUCAAGUACCAGAUGAUGACCGUGCUUGCUACUCGGAGUAGUCUUGCCAUCUUUGCGGGCUUUCAAUCGGUUUUUCACCGUCUUAUGGGCAAGUCAAUUCGGCUCAAGGACUACGGGCUGAAACGAUUGACAGACCUCGCAGUUGCCCUUCCUGACGUGGUGCAGCUGAGCGCGACAGAAAUGAAGCAGCAGAAAAUUACUCGAGGGCGCCCAGCUGUGAAGAGAGGAAAGUUGCAAACGAAACAGCCAAGGUUCUCCCUCGUUUUAUCACCACAGAACCUGAGAACCCUCGCGCUCAUCCAGUCACGACUGAGACUUGUUGUGCACAGGGGACUCGUCGAGCUCGUGGCAGACGCAGGCGAAAGCUGGGUGCCCAUCGACUUGCUUCAGAAGAAGGUGGAACAGACGGUCAACCAACCGCUUGAAGCUAUUUUGACCAAGCAUAAGUUCAGCGGAGGAGGUGCCGAGUCUCAGUUGGUCUGGAGGUUUGUUGCAAUGCUGCAAGAAAUGCCUGAUGUGGUCAGAAUGCGGAUGGACCCCACAGGCCAAGUGUGUGUCCAGCCUGUUGGAGGCCCUGAGGAUUGCCUAGUAGCUUGGAAAAUCCAGAACCCGUUGUGGGACAGGCGCAUUUAUGUACAGUAGCACUUCCGCAACACAUUUUUGUUUCUAAUGGCUAGAUACGAUAUGGU